CCCAGCCGCUCUCGCCGAGCGCUGCCCCGGCGCUGGUGAAGACGACGCGCGCGCGCGCGCGGCCGAACCCCUUUCCCGCCAAUUUUGUCGGCGAUAAACAACAAUAAUAACAAAAACAACAACAAAAACAACAGUAGGCGACGAAAUUUACCUCAUUAAAGUGACGGAAGACGAAAAGGAAUAAGAAGGAGAAGAAAUAAAAAAAAGCGGAGUCGGUCCGGGUUUUUUUUUUUCCCCUCACGUCGCGAGGAUGGCGGCGAACAUGUACCGGGUUGGAGACUAUGUCUUCUUUGAGAACUCUUCAAGCAACCCCUAUCUGAUCAGAAGGAUUGAAGAACUCAAUAAGACGCCGAGUGGCAACGUGGAGGCCAAAGUCGUGUGUUUCUACAGGAGAAGGGACAUCUCCAGCACGUUGAUCACGCUCGCUGAUAAACAUGCCAGUGGUUCUUUGUUGCAUGAAACAGAGGAGAUGGAAGAAGAAAUGGAGAGUGUGGAUGACCUUUCUGAGAAGCAGAGGCAUCAGCUCAAACACCGUGAGCUCUUCCUUUCUCGACAGUUUGAGAGCCUCGCUGCCACACACAUCAGGGGGAAGUGUAGUGUGACAUUGCUGAAUGAAACUGAAGCCCUGUCAUCGUACCUGGAGAGGGAGGACUGUUUCUACUACUCUCUGGUAUACGACCCAGCUCAGAAAACCUUACUAGCCGACAAAGGGGAAAUCCGUGUUGGACCAAGGUACCAGGCAGAUGUGCCAGACAUGCUGAAAGAAGGCCCCGACUUUGAAGAUGACAGGGACCAGGUGAAGCUGGAAACAAAGAUCUGGGACCCCGAGAGCCCACUUACGGACCGGCAGAUUGACCAGUUUAUGGUGAUCGCUCGUUCGGUGGGUACAUUUGCCCGUGCACUGGACUGUACAAGCUCCGUCCGGCAGCCCAGCCUGCAUAUGAGUGCCGCUGCCGCCUCCCGCGACAUCACGCUGUUCCACGCGAUGGACACGCUUCACCGGAGCGCGUAUGAAGUGGCGAAGGCCAUCGGCCUGCUCGUGCCGCAGGGCGGGCCAGUCCUGUGCCGCGACGAGAUGGAGGAGUGGUCAGCCGCUGAGGCCAACCUCUUCGAGGAGGCACUUGAGAAGUAUGGGAAGGACUUCACCGAUAUUCGACUCGACUUUCUUCCUUGGAAGUCGCUCACCAGCAUCAUCGAAUAUUACUACAUGUGGAAAACGACAGACCGAUACGUGCAACAGAAGCGGCUGAAGGCUGCAGAAGCGGAGAGCAAAUUGAAGCAGGUGUACAUCCCCAAUUACAACAAACCCAACCCCAACCAGAUCUUCACCAAGCAAGGGGUGCCCAAUGGCUCGGGCACAGCAGGGCCCGGCCAGGCUUCAGGAACCGGCAGAGCCUGUGAGAGCUGCUUUGCAUCGCAGUCACAGCAGUGGUACUCGUGGGGCCCGCCUGCCAUGCAGUGCCGCCUGUGCUCCUCGUGUUGGACCUACUGGAAGAAGUACGGCGGGCUGCGUCUCCCUACGCGCCUCGACGGGGAGCGCCCGGGCCCGAACCGUGCCAGCACUGGCCUGCCCCUAUCCAUCCAGACCAGCGAAGGCACUCUCAAGUGUGCCGUCAAUGGUUGUGGAAAGGAGUUCCGCACACAGGGGCACCUGUACCGCCACUGUCAAGCAGUACACGGCCUGUCGGUGCGAAGCCAGGGCAGUUCGCGCGUGGCCCUCAAGACACGCCAGGCCUUCUACCUGCACACGACCAAGCUGACGCGCAUCGCCCGCCGUCUUUGUUGUGACAUUUUCAGCGGGCGGCAGGCAGCGCGUCGCCCUUUCCAGCCCAUCAAUGCAACGACCAUCAAGACAGAGUGCACGGCACGUUUGCCUGAAGCAGCCAAAACCCCUCUCAAGGUCAAGCCUGUGGUGCGGAAGCCAUUGGAGAGCGUGGUCAAGUACAUGGAGGCACACCCGUGCCCCAUACGUGUGGCACAGCCCCUACCGCCACGCACUGUGAGCAGUAUCACCCCCACCAAGGUGCUCUCGGUGCUCAACCACGGCUCGCCCACCAUCCUGGGCAAACGUAGCUACGAUCAACACAACGGUACGGACGGCAACACAAAGAAGAGAAUGCUGAUGCCUUGUCGUGUUGCGAAGAAUCACACUCAAGUUAAGCCAACGGUGUCUGCGAACCGCUGCUACCUGGUGAACGGGAAGCCGUUUGCGGGGAGCGCACGUUUCGUGGCCAAGGGGGCCACUCCUCCCAUGGCCAAGCGGCGGAGACUCAACUGCAUCAAUGCACCAGAUGACGUCUUUUUCAUGGCCACAGCAGAUACAAGGAAAGUGCGCAAGCUGCUGGUGGCGCUGGAGAUGAAACGCUCGGCGCGGCGUCCCUACCAGCGCAUCGCCACUCGUCCCAGCUCGUCCACCCAGCGUGCAGUGCUGCCUGUGAACACGGAGCCCAUCGUCAUCGAAGACUGAGGGGGGGCAGCAGUGAUGUCUCUGCGGCUGAGGGGGGGGGGCGGCAGAAGAAGCGCACCCUCUUGUCACGGUUGCCCUCGUUCAGCAGCUCCACGAGCUGCACGGGAGAAUGCAACUAGGGCUUAUUAAAAAAAAAAUCACCAUUGAGCCCUCUUCUGUCUCCGGUCUUAUGAUUUCUUUUUAAUAUAUUGUUAUUAAUACUAUUGCUGUUAUUAUUUUUAUUUGUCAUUUUAAAAUGCGUGUGGUCAUUAACAUAAAGUCGGGUAGUGCUUUUGCAAUGGCGGAAUCUUCUUGAGUAAAUACUUUUUAAAUGUAAAAAAAAUAAAAAGGAAAAAAAAUGACAGUACAUGAAAAAAAAACUUUAAAAAAACUUUUUUGGAACCCUUUAAAUAGAAAGUUGUGUGGAAUGCCUUGGCAGUAAUUUGUAAGGUUGGAACAGUGGAUAACCAGCCCUGUUUUCUGCCUUCUCUCCAGUGAAGCCGCUGCCACUUAUUGGGGGCGGCAGUUCUACUUUAUUUUUUUAUCACGCAUUUGAUAAGUUAUGAUCUUCGUUUGUCACCGUUAAAUUCGUGUACAUUAGCUGGUGUACAUUUAGGCUGAGCACAAUUAUAAGAGUUAAAAGGGGCAGGGAUGGGCAUUGAUGGAGUGGGGGGGGGGGGGAGUGGGUUUGGAAGGGGCGUAGGUGUCGAGGAAAUGGCAGGUUGACUCAUUGUCUCCAGGUUAGAAAGUUGUUCAGUGUAAUGAAGGUGGAUUUGUGUUACUUGAAAUGACAGAUGGACGUUUGUAGUUCCAACAUUUGAAGUGGGGUUCAGCCAAAGGUGGUGUUCUUCUCGUCAGGCAUUUGUAACAACGUGUUUGUAACAAUUUAGGUUAUUAAAGCAGUUCCCCAUUGGUGUCAAACUCAUGCAGAAGUAAUGUUUCCCUUUUGGGCCGUUUUUCACCACGGCCAUGUUUGUGUUGCUGCAAUUCUGCAGCCUCCCUGUUUAACUGGCGUAGUUUGUGUACAAGCGCGGUUGCGUUCGCGACCGCUACGUUUCAGGUGUGUGGCAUCUUAAAAGCGCCAGCCGUGCGUGCAAAGUGGAGCCUUAACGCUUGUGACCUGCUGCAGCAUUUACACCGCUUUGUAUGAGCAAGGCUCCUGUGGAAGAGUGCGCCAUGGCAAGCAAUGGCGCGUGCAGGGCACAGAAGGGAGGAGAAUUAAAUAGAACAAAGUGGUGGGUAAGAAAUUUUACUCGAGUUCAGGAACAGACAGAUUUCUAUAUUGUUUGCACCUGAUUCUUAUUUAGUAAAUGAAGCAUCACCCCUGUCUACUGCUUUAUAGUUUCCAUCGCCCGUGUUUGUUGAUGGUUCCAAAAUCACACGAGUACCAAUUAGAAGUCUGCUCUCUUUCUCUCAGAUUGAAUAUUAUUUAACCGUUGAUAACGUAAAUUUUUCAUAUUCAGGUAUUACCGCUUUGGUAGACGUUGACCUGUGUGUGAAAAAUACACAUUUGCCGUUUACCAUGUUGCUUUUGAGUCUCUUCCAACCGGUGGGUGUAUUCGUUGGGGGAGAGGCUGCGGCAAUGUUUCCUUCCGUUGUGUCAAAUCCACCGGAUCUUGAUCCCUCCCGGUUAAGAAACGAGCGUUUCCACAUUCGUUCACCUAAGCCACCUCCACAACAACCCCGUGUCGUCCAAGCCAUCGGCCCCAACGAAUACGGACCUUGUGUACAGUUCUGUAAGUUAUGCGUGCGGCUGCUAUGGAGCAGAAACCGCGUGAGACCAGCACACCUGCAAUCCCUAGUCGAUCUGUAAAACUCACCGAAUUGCCCCGUGUGCGGCCCCGUCUCUUCUUUCUGUGUCUAGCCUUGUAGUAAUUGUACAUGUUCAGUUUUUGCAUGGGAGAAGAAAACGCAAUUUGCGAAAUGUAUGCCCAACCUUGUGCAAACACUUUAACCAUCUGGGUUUUUGCAGUGCAUUGAAAGGGUUCCUUUGGAUAUAAUAGAAAUGAGCGGAAACUUUGCAAUUAUUUUUUUUUAUAUAUAUUUACGGUAUACAAUAAAUUGAUUUUGAUGUUCAUGUGUAGUAGUGCAGUGCUUUGAACUUCUGCACCGAGUGAUCAGUGGUUUUCCAGCCUGCUGCUGGUUAACAUUUGGUAGACUGCUUUUGCGGCAUUCGCUUUCCAACAAAGUAUUUGGCAGAAUUGAACACGUCGAGCCACUACCCCAACGUGGCGCAAAAUGCCACACGGACCUAAUUGUUUUAAAGGUUUUACAUUUUGUAUCCAAAUGCGACUUGGGCUCUUGGCGGCGUGUGUAUUAUCAAUGCAUAUGCUGCCAAGUCCAGUGGCCUGAGCUGAAAUUGUCCAUUUUUUUGUGCAAGUUGUAAUUUCCCUGCUUUUACUAUAUUUUGAAGUGUAACGCGAUACCUCCGCUAACUUUUUUUUUGUUCAAACGCUUGGUUUACCAAUUUGAAUUUUGCUCAUCUGUAUAUACACUUUUCUUCCGUUUCGUUUGAAUUUUUUUGUGUAAUGGUAAAUGCAUUCCAGCGCUAUCCCGGGAGGCAAGUGGCGCUUCAAGCACGGUAGCGGGCUUGGGCCGCUACCCCAGGAUUGAGCGGAGUGUUAAUCGCAUGCCCUUUGGAAUAUACUGGCUGUUCUGCCAUCUGCCCCGUGUACGGUAUUCAGUAAUAAAAUAAGUACCCUUUCGGAA